AUGGGAGGAUGGAUGGAUGGAUGGGAGGAUGGAUGGAUGGGAGGACGGAUGGAUGGAUGGAUGGGAGGACGGAUGGGAGGAUGGAUGGGAGGACGGAUGGGAGGAUGGAUGGGAGGAUGGAUGGGAGGAUGGGAGGAUGGAUGGGAGGAUGGGAGGAUGGAGAUGGAGAUGGAGAAGGAUGGAGAUGGAGAAGGAUGGAGAUGGAGAAGGAUGGAGAUGGAAAAGGAUGGAGAUGGAAAAGGAUGGAGAUGGAGAAGGAUGGAGAUGGAGAAGGAUGGAGAUGGAGAAGGAUGGAGAAAAAUGGAGAAGGAUGGAGAAGGAUGGAGAAGGAUGGAAAAGGAUGGAAGGAAGGAAAAGGAUGGAAGGAAGGAAAAGGAUGGAAGGACGGAAAAGGAUGGAAGGAAGGAAAAGGAUGGAAAGAAAGAACGAAGUGUAGAUGGAUGGGUGAAGAAAAUUUUAUUUUUUUCUUGUUUUAAACUGUUUAGGGAUGUAAGGUGCGGUAGAAUCCAUUGUGUAUCAAACAGGGAGGAUCACAAAUUAAUACGUGGCCAGGACCGAGGAAGAUAUUGGUCUACUUAUGAUAGAAAGACUUUUUGCAUGUAAGUUUGUUACGUUGUCGCUCACUGCAGGCGUUGUGAAACAUUGACGCUAAAUGUUAAACCGAAAGCAAUGAAACACGAGGCAAUUACAUUUUCUAACACAGAACAAUGUCAUGUUAAGGUAUUCACAGAAAAAUGGAAAGCCUGGGUCAAGUUUUAUAUCCGUCGAAUUUUUGUACAUAACAUACCACAGAGAAAUGAAUGAUUGAAAAAAAUCAAGAAAGUGGAAAACAAACCUUGUUCAUCGUUUCUCUUUGAACACUUUUCAAUUAAAUGUCUCUGUGUUCGAAAAUGCGUUGCAAAUUAUAGCAAAAAUUGUUUCGUGGAACAUAUUGUUAAAUUUAAGAAUUAGUGAUCAAUUGUCUCUUGUAGUACUCCUAUUUUUACAUGGGGAGAUGGCCUUGAUCCACAGUAUGUUGAAAAUGGCACAAAAUGCGCUGAAGGAAAAGUAAGAUUCCUCGUAUUUUAAGAAAUAUAAAUCUUAGGGUUUUGAGAUCUCGAGAUAUCCUCAAUUUCUUAGGGUUUUGAGAUCUCCACGAGAUCUCCUCGAUUUCUCUCUUUGUGCUCGCGUGUUAGUCGUCAUUAUUGAAAUUCUACAACUUUGUCGUAGCGAAGUAUCUGAUAAUGAGAUUUUUAGGGGAAAUAAAAGCAGUUAGUUCUGCUUUUAUGUAGUUUAGAUCAAGAAUCUGAAUGUACAGAGAUACAUGUAUGUCAGAAUCAGAUAAUCACUAGCCUAUUAUUUAAAUUAUUUUUAUUUCGGCCGUGGACAGCCUUUGUAUACUUAUAUAUUUUACUUUACAGUCGAUUUCACGAAACGUUGACCACAAAUGUUUCGAACUUCGUUGCGUAAUUGACAAGUUCGUUGCGAAGUUCAAAAGUUUAUAAUGAGAUUCUCAAACCAAUUUGUAAACUAUGCAUUUGAUUGGCUUAUUUUACUUCGGGGACCAACCAGGGACUUUAUUUACAAAUUGGCUUGUGAAUUCCAACAUGAACUUCCGAACUUCGCAACGAAGUUCGGAACAUUCGUGGUCAACGUUUCGUGACAUCGACUGUAAAGCUAUUUUUGUUUGUGGAAACACCACGUAAAUUUAUUAAUGCAAAGCUUUCGAUCUGUAAGCCCGGAUCUUCAUCUGUGCUAACACAGAGUAGAUAAAGACAUAUGUCUCUACUCUGUGGUGCUAAUAAUAUGACUUGUUUAAUUCACACGCUCUUUUAUAUACAACAGUGUCGUGAUCUGUUGGCUCCCGUCAUUUGAAGUUUAAUUAAACGGCGCAUCAACCACGUCAUUCCAAACGUAGUGAAGUGAUUCCAGUUAACGCGCGCGCGUCCAGGACAAGAGAAAUUCAUUUUGCACAUUAAAGAGAGCACGCCACGUAUUAUCUAAUGGCUUUCCCUCCUGAUCACUAGAUAAUACGUGAGCAUGUUUUUCGAGAAAAACCGUUGAUGUGAGGAAUUGAUGCUGACGAACGCUGACGUGAUGUUCGCAGCAAGUGUCACACACGUCAUCUAGCGUGCGAAAUUCGUGAUGCGCAAGGCGAAAAUUGCGGACACGAAAAUGUUAAGGAAAGGCGUACAGUGAGACUUCUGGUUGUAUUUUCUAUUCUGUGUUAUUAGCACUGAUGAAGAUCCGGGCUUACGGAUCGAAAGCUUUGCAUUAAUAAAUUUACGUGGUGUUUCCACAAACAAAAAAAUUACUCUACAAAUGUAAAUACGGGAUGUACGAAAUUGACAUCAAUCAGUAUAUAACCCAACCUCUUCACCACUCCACUCGUUCCAGUUCUGGUGAUUUUCGUCCAAACCUGUGCAAAACCUCCCUUUUCCGAAACUCAUACUUUAACAGAAUUGUAUUUUUAUGGAACAAUUUACCGUCUGAUAUCAAAUCAUCUUCGUCAGUCGCCAUACUUAAAUCUAAACUAUAUAUAUAUUACACUAGAAAGCUGAAUAGUACUUUUGAUGUAGACCGUCCUAGAACAUGGAAAACUGUAUGCAGCAAAUGUCGUUCUUUACAUACAAUCUGUUGUUCAUAGAUGUAAUUAUAAUUGUUGUAUGUCCUAUUGUUUAUGUAUAUAAUAUGUAUUCUUGUAAUACCUAUAAGUAAUUAUGUAAUGUACGUUUUUGGUGGGACUUAAUUAAGGACUCACGUCAUGUUGUCCUUACCUUCGGUCAUUUGAUUGUAAAGUUAAUAAAAAAAAGUGUUAUAUAUUUUAUCACCAUGCAAUCAUACAAAGAACUUACGUAAAGCUAUUGUUAAGUGGAUGGUACUGUUAAGAGGGUUGAGGUUUUUAAGUCCAAAAACAUUCUCGGUGCGAAACCCCGACUCCUUAGUUGUUACUUUGUUAGGGUCGUAUGGAGUAUGGGCCUACUAUUGUGCCGCCUAUAAUAAUGUCAAACACCUGCUGAUGGAUAUUGGAAACCCUGAACUCUGCAAGCAUAGGGGUUUACAUAGGCCUGGUUGUAGUCUAGUUUGGCUUACUAGUCAGAUUUUGAUGUUCUCAUCCAACCAUGCUCUUGUGAACUGAAACAAAAUCUACCGCAAUCGAAAGACUUGUCGAUUUCACCAUGCUCUUUCGCAGACAGAAAAUUUCAUAUUUGUAACAGAAGACAUUGCUUUGGAGACAAAGUUUCGUCAAAAAGACGCCAAUCCUCACUAUAUUGACAUAUGACAUGUUUUUGUGAUGGUUUUAUGAUGCCGGAUUAAAAUUUACAGAUAAUUGUCUUGUUUCUUUCUUAGAUGUGUAUGAACAGCAGAUGUGUUCCUGUUAGCGAAGCUAUUCCAAUUUUUGCUAGAGACAAAUGUCCCAAUAAUUGUUCAGGAAACGGGGUAGGUAGCCACCAUAUAGGUAGUGGUGACAACAACACCAGAAAACUGCUUCGUGAUUGAGAGGGAUUGAAAUACCUGAAAAAAUACAAGUAAAAUCUGGGCGUUUCGAGCGAAGGCCUCUCGUUCUCAGGCACUUUCCCGGAAUUUAGGGAACGAGGCUUAAGGCCUAUUAAGGGUUUAGCCUUCUCUAGGUUAAAUUUUUCGUGCGACACGUCGCUGCAACAAAUCGCAGGCGACAAUUCACAUGAGCCCAUUAAUUGCGACGAUAUAGGUUGCGACAAAUUACUUCUCGAAACAAAUCGCUGCAACAUUCUGUGACCGUGAUGCGUUUCGUAUGACAGGAAUUAUAAACUAUAGUUAAAUAUGGUGGGCAAGAGACUACAGCAAAUGCCAUCUAGCUUGAAGAAAAAGGUGUUAUAGUUCUUUUAACAAUGCUGCUGGAUGACGAAGAGCGCAAAAACGUCAAGGGAAAAUGUUGGGGCCGGCCUUUGUAUAACCGGCCCCUGGACGUUAAUUUGUAUUUUGUUGCCACUAUUCAAAGUUUCAAAAACUGUGUGCUAAACUUUGCGUGAGAGCAAACAAAUGUUUUUGUCGUAAGUUGGUUACGGUCAUGAAUGUCAGGGGAAUGUUACUAUACAGGUUUAUUGGAAACUUAAAUUUGCCGACCUGUUUUCGUCUCAGCUUGGCAUAACUCUUUUUGGCUAUACUCAGUCUGAUAUAACGUUGACGUUGUUAUAAUUAACAGAUAGCAGACAAGAGAAUUGACUCACUAGUUUACUUUCCCAUAAUGAUAGUAGUUGUGCCCGAAUUAUAUUAUAAAACCUGAAAAGACAAGCAACGAAACAAAGUCCGUCAUUAAAGUUGUUAUUUUUAUUAUUUGUGCAUUAGGUGUGCAACAACAAAGGAAAUUGUCACUGCGACAGCGGCUACGCGUGUCCAGACUGCCUAGAAGUCGGACCAGAUCAGGGGGGAAGUGUGGAUAGCGGACAGGGAUGUCAAGCAGGCAAGAAAGGUAUGAUAACCCGAUGUAAUAAAGUGUCUGCAGUGAGUAAAGACUGAUUUGCAUGCCAACCUCAUCCCCAGGGCGUUUUGCCUCACGGCUGAAGGUCUGCGAAAAUGGCCCUGGAUUCAGCUGAUCAAUUCUACAAUCUCAUUGGUCUGUUCAAAAACGCAUUAAUUUUUUUUCCAGUAUAAUUUAUUCUGAAACAUUAAACCACCAUAAAAAAAUCGCUUACGUCCUAUACUUCCCGUGCUAUAUGUUUGUCGGACUCAUGGAUAUAAUUGCUCUUAAAACAAGUUGGGAAAUAGUUCAUUACUUCACAUUUAUUAUGUUACAUAUAUUACAAUAUAUUUUCCAUAUGUUGUAAGCCUUCUGCUGAAUUUCUCGACAACCACUGGCAGGAAAAUUGGCCAGUGGGUACCUUUCUUAACAAGAUUACAAGAAGUCAAAGUUCGCUAUUUAAGUGUCAGCCAUUUCUCAUUUACUAUUUAUUUCUUCCGUAGGUGGUGGUGGCGGUGUGAAUGUUGCUGCCGCUGUUCUUAUUCCUCUGUUCUUGCUGAUAUUGAUUGGGGUUGCGGUUCUUGUGUACAUCAAACGACGCAAAAUUCAAGACAAUCUUAGUCAUUACAAGUUCGUACGUCGAUCUACGUAAGUGUUACUCAAUUCCCCAUAUUAACAAUCAGUAGUACUUAACAGUGGCAGAUACUUAGAGAAUUUUUCCGGGGGGGAGGCGAAUUAGAUUACUAACAUAUGACUUUGAACGGCCUGUGCCAGUUUAGGUAUAGUGCCAAUAAGCUUCGGAUUGAUAGGGAAACAACUACCCGAAAAAUACAAGGAGCACUUCUUCGAGUACAACGUUUUGUAGCUAGAAAUCUCAGUUCAAUAGACUUUUUGCCUUAAAUUUCAUGCAAUAUAAAGUAUAGCGUUAUUUAUAAUUUUAUAGCCAACCAAUGCUUUGAUGAUUGCAAAUUACUGUUACAUCUUUGUUUCACAGUUAUUCAGCUAUCAUUCAGAAAUUUUUGUGGUGGCGUGGGAUAUUUGCUCCCCCUGGCCCCUCGAGUCCACCGCUACUUAAAUAUCGUCAACUAAUCCUUAUACAGGGUGUCCACGGGCCUUGAAAAUCCUGGAAAGUCCUUGAAUUGGAAAAAAAAUAAUUCCAGGACUGGAAAGUCCUGGAAUUAAUUUCCUUAACCUCCAGCUGUGCCAACAUAAGAUACACUUCUAGGUCUGAUUAUAUAAGAUACACUUCUAGGUCCUUGAAUUUACUGAAAAAAUGCCUUGAAAGUCCUGGAAAAGUGCUUGAAAUUUCACAUUCACCAAAGGGUGGACACCCUGCUUAUAAUCUUAAUCGAAUCCUAUACUUUCCUGAUAUAUCCCUAAUCGAAACCAAAAUUUAAACACAUCUUUAACCUAGGACAAGCGUAAACUAUUUACCAAAGUUGUUGUGAUAUAAUUCCGGGAGAUUUAUGUGAAAGGUCACCCAACCCACUUCAUUUUGCAAAAAAAUUAAACUUCAAGUUUAGUCCAGCAUUUACAAACAAAUCCAUUAAUCAAACAAAUCCAUUUUGGUGUUUUAGCGGAACUCGUUCUUCACAGGCGCCACCUCCAAAAAGAACACAGCCUUCUGUUCUAAAUCGUGGACUCAUCUCUAAUCCACAACCCGCUGACCAACCAGUGCAGUCAAGGCCUGCACCUCCAGGCAGGUCUACAGGUAACCAAAACUUUUGUAAAUCCAUUGUUGUAUUAAACUACAUUUACUGACUGCGAUUUCCCGGGCCGAUUUGGUGUCCACUUUUGUGAUCAUCACGAAGUGAACAAUAGACUAUGAUUGAAUUGCAAAGUUAAUUUAAAUUCAUAAUGUACCUUAUUUCUAAAACUUUGUAUCUUUCCUGUAGUCAAAAUUUUCGACUUCCACUGACAUUGAAAGUUAUAAACUUUACGAACUAUAUACUUUACGAACUAUGACAAUUUUAUCAAGCUAAAAAACAGUCUUCUGUAAAAUACAUUGUGCAGUGUGACGUCAUUUAAGUCAUAUUUGCAUGCCAAACAAAGUCCAAUAUCUUCAUAUACAGGAAGGAUAACAAAGUUUUAGAAAAAAGUUACAUUAUGAUUUCAAAUGAACUUUGCAAUUCAAUCAAAUUUCUUGCUUUUAGGCACUUUAUACAUUCAGAAAUGAGUCCAACAAUUGUCAGUCACUGAGCUCAAUAUAAUUAUCUGAAACAAGAACUUCAGUCAUGUUGACGUCCAAUAGCUACCAAAUUGACGUCCAAUAGCGAUGAAGGCCAUAAACAGUUCUAAUACCAAUUUCCCCAGCUAAUUCCAGUUUCUCAACUGACCGUAUCACUAGACAAGUUAUCAGUUCAUAAAACCAUAGGAGAAAUAUCAGCACACUUUUGUAUUUCUGGACUAUCUAUGAGGGAUUUGAACUAAAAACGCAGAACAAUAUGGACUGCAGUUACAUCAAUCUCACUUUUUCAUUUAGAUUUUAGCUCUUAAGUACGGUAUUUACCACUACGUGGAACAAUUGAAGAACAUCGAUCGAAAAACCUAAGUCAUUUUUCAGCUCCCGCAAAGCCCACGCGAAAUACACGCGUGUUUUAUAUCUACAAGAGAUCAAUCUAUUGACCAAUCUCGUUCCCCGAGCCUGCGAUCCUCGGGAAGGAACGCGAGGCUCUGGGAUAAUCCGUUUCAGGGAGGAAUCUGAUUGGCCAUUGAAAUGGAAUGCGUAGUUCAAUCUUAGCCAGGAUUCUUGGCUUCCGGUAACGGAUUAUCCCAGAGCCUUCGAUUCCUUCCCGAGGAUCGCAGGCUCGGGGAACGAGAUUGUCUAUUGACUGCCAUCUUGGCUUCUCAGUUCUCCCAAUCAUAAGGCCGUUUACCUGAAGUUAUCGCUCCAGUAUUUAUAUAUAGUUCACUGCGUCCAAUAGUUCUUCAAUUUCCGCCAUCUUCAGUAAACUAUGCUACGUCCAAUAGUCAUGUUAUGUGAAAUAUUCCAGUACAUCAAAAUUACUCAUUUCAGCGAAACGGUAUAAACGUAAAAUUUUAAUGUUUUAGUUCCUUUGGUGGUAAACGACCAACCUGAACCACGAUACGCCUUUGAAAAAGCUCCCGGAGGUCCCCAAAGACCAUCUAAUGCCCCUGCACAACCAAGAACUGGUCACCAGUCCGUACCAUUGUUCCCGCCAAGCGCCGCCCCAGUCCCUCAAGAGACUGUCAAAUUUCGGCCUCCCCCUCCUACCCGCCCUCUGGCUAAGUCAAACCUACCUAGAACACCUUCCGCGCCUCCCACCUCCCCCACCAACAGACCCAAACUUCCACCAUCUCGACCUCCUCCUAACUAUAAAUCCGUUCCGGACAUCCCCUCUGCUGAAGACGCGAAGACAACACCCUCCGUGGCAAAAAGACCAAACGCCGUUCCCCCUCGUCCAAAACCUCGUGCCCCACCGAGCAGUCACCGGUCUGUACCAGAGUUUCCCGAUGACAUUCCAGUCGCCAAACCGAGGAGCGUCGAGCCGCGACCUGGACAUCAAUCAGUACCACUGUUUAAUCUACCUGAAGACGGGGGGUCGGUUAAACCUUCUGCUGUGAAAGCUAACCAGGCAAGGCCCUCGCCACCGAGAAGACCAAGAGCAAACGAAAAUAACGAGGAAAAUCGCGUGGACUUUAGAGCUGGCCUCAAACCUGUGCCUAAACCAUGGGAAAAGGUCUAAACUUGGCAUUGAACUGUGAGAUCUUAUUGGGUCAGUUGUCUUUUAAAAUGUUGGCAAAGGUCUGUAUUCAGAUAAAACCCAACUAGACCCUCGAAUUUUCAAUUUUUAAUGAUAGAAAUCUUACUUAUCAAGUACGUAAAUUAAUCAAAUUUGACCACCCAUUGGAAGGCGGUAGACGGCGCUGCGGAGCACUUGAUGCCGUCACUGAUGAUGCACAUGCAUACUGCUAUCGCAUCUUUCGUGUGUUAUAUCACUAGUUUGCCAGAAUCUAGAAUUGCUUUCAUGCUAUGGAACCAAACAGUGGAAUUUUCUGGAAGCCGUUUUCAUAAUUUUAAAGCAAUCUCGCUGGAUUUUUGAGCUUUUCGAAGAAUUAUUUUGGUGUUUUAACAAAAAAUAGUAUAAAAAGAUCGCAAAAAGUAGCUUUUCGCAAUUCUACAUUAUUUUUUUUUAUUUCAUUAUUUAAUUUAAUGGAUUUUAAUUUUGAUACAAGCAUUACAUAGUAAUGGAUAAUUUUGCUAGUUAGAUGUAUGGUAAAUAGUGAAAUUUUGCGCAUCUCACUCGACAGACCUGAUUAAUUAUUGAAGAGUUUUUGUAGGUGGAAUAAUUUUCGAGUGUAAAUUUUAUACAUUUCAAUUAUUUUUGAGAAAUUGAUUCCUUCCUGUAUUUGCAUUUUUCGCAAUACUUCUGGUUAGGUAUACCCUGAAUAAGGGGUGUUCCCAACUCGUUUGAUAGAGACCUUACGAUUUUAGGACGGCAACGCGACGACGGAGGCCAAAACAAACUCCUUCAAAUAAAUGGUAUAGUAAAUAUAAUUCGUCGUAUGUUAUCAAUCGUAUGAUUUAGUGCAGUCUUAGAAGUUGAAAACAUGGGUUUUAUUAGCCUGCGUAGCAGGCGUUUUGUGCGUGCGGGUUAAGAAAGGGCCUCUCUUCUCCCGCCCGCACUAAACGCCUGCUACGCAGGCUAGGGUUUUAUGGUUGGGAAGAGUUCUGCUGAACCCAGUUUGAAGUUGCACUUGUUGCGGCUUGAAAUGCAGCCGUUGUAUCAAGAGGUGAAAAUCUGUGAUUUGGUGAAGGACAAGUCUAAAUUAUUCAUAUAUUGUAAUAAUUCAAUCUUUUCAAUGAUUUAUUGUAUUGGUAGCCGUUGCCGUCCUAAAUCGUAAGGUCCCUAUUACCAGUCACGAGAAAACCUCUAAAUCCAGGCUAGGUUACAGUAGGUGUAUGAAGAAUGUACAAAAUUUACAAUCAAAAUUUUUAUCUACAAAAAAAAUUUUACUGGUUAUUGAAAAACUACAUUAUGAUGUGUCAACCAUCUUAUGGUCAAUCAGGAUAGGUCUGGGAACUCGCCCAAAGUCUUUGUUCUAUAUUUUGUUCAUGUUUUCGAAAAACUUGUGAACGGUAUCAAAACAAGAAAUUUUAGAUCACUGUCAUCAAUCCAUUGAAAGAUUGCAGUAUUAAUUAGUGCGUAAAAUUUCAAAAGAUUUUUGACGUUUUAUACCAAGUUCCCAGACUAUAUCCUUAUCUGACUAUCACCUACUAUAAUUUUGGCCAUAUAUUUUAAGCACCUUCCAAGCUAGCGCUGUCAAGAUGUAAAUUUAUUUUAAUUAUAAUAACAGUGUGUGUAAAAUUUG